AUGGAGGAAAUUGGCAAAUCCAAUUUUACACCAAACAGGCAGCAAGGGCAUCAACAGCAGUAUCAGCCGCGCCCACCACCACCCCCCUCUUCAAACUCAAGUCCGUCUUUGGAAGAAAUGAUGAAGCAAUUACUUGCUAAUCAACAAAAGACGGACUCUAACGUGCAAAGCAUGAGGAAUCAACUGGGACAAGUGCAAUCACUGCAAAUUCAAGUAAAUCAAAUGGCCAUCGCAAUCAACCGUUUGGAGUCCCAGGUUUAUGGAAAAUUGCCGUCUCAACCUGAAUUGAACCUGAAGAACGUAAGUGUGAUGACUUUAAGGAGCGGGAAGAAAAUUCAGGGACCUGACCUCACUAUUUCAAAGGACAAGGAUGAGGAAAAGAUCGAAAACGAGCUUGAGAAGGGCAGUAAUGGCAUAAAUUCAAAGGUGGAGAUCAAUAUUCCUCUAUUAAACGCCAUCAAACAAGUGCCGAAAUAUGCAAAGUUUUUGAGGGACCUGUGCGUCAAUCGAAGGAGGCUGAGGAGAGAUGAAAGAGUCAUCGUGGGGGAGAAUGUGUCCGCAGUUUUGCAGAGAAAACUCCCACCAAAGUGCGGGGAUCCAGGUAGGUUUACUGUCCCAUGUAGGAUAGGUAAUACUUUGAUUAGGAAUACCCUACUGGACUUAGGAGCAUCGAUCAACGUAAUGCCUAAAUCUAUGUAUGCUUCUUUGAACCUCGGUCUAUUAAAAGAAACUGAAAUAAUAAUUCAAUUAGUUGACCGAAUAAAUGCAUACCCUGAUGGGUUGGUCGAGGAUGUGCUGGUUAAAGUUAAUGAAUUGGUAUUUUCAGCUAACUUUUAUGUAUUUGACAUGGAUGAUGAUCAUUCCCCUGACCCCUUACCUUUGCUGUUAGGUAGACCCUUUUUUAGUACAACACAGACAAAAAUUGACAUUAAUAAGGGUACAUUGUCCAUGAAAUUUGAUGGAGAAUUAGUCUAUUUUAAUAUUUUUGAUACAAUGGAACAUCUUGUUAACUCUCACUCUGUGUUUGUUAUUCAUGCUAUUAAUCUCUCUGUGCAAGAAUUUUCUGAGUUUGUUUGUAGGGGCAAAUUCAAAUUUACUGAGAACAAAUAUAAGGGGAUGAAAGCAACGUAUGAGGUGAAAAGGAACAGGAAGUUAAGAAAGAAGGCUGCACUCAAAAGCUAUUUGGAUCCUGGAGGAGGGCCACCGAUUACAAAGAAAAUUGAGUUACACCUAGAUUGA